AGUUUUAUGUGAGACGUAGGCAGCUCAAGUGUCUUCCUGUUCGGUCGUUGCUAGAGGACGUUGGUGUCACAGAGAAGAGGGGCUGCUCGUAUUUAUUUUACAACGUACCAAAAAAGGACAAGAGAACAAAAACAACAUGUUUUCCCGUGCCGUGAGACCUACCGUCAGCCUCGCCAGGAGUUUGUCCACCUCGUCGCAGAACAACGCUAAGGUGGCGGUGCUCGGAGCGUCGGGCGGGAUAGGCCAACCUCUGUCCCUGCUACUGAAGAACAGCCCUCUGGUGAGCCAACUCUCCCUCUAUGAUAUCGCACACACACCCGGGGUGGCCGCGGACCUGAGCCACAUCGAAACAAGGGCCCAGGUCACGGGCUACAUGGGCCCCGAUCAGCUCGGUGCUGCUCUGCAAGGCUGUGAAGUCGUGGUCAUUCCCGCUGGUGUACCCAGGAAGCCCGGGAUGACCCGCGAUGACCUUUUCAACACCAACGCUACCAUCGUAGCCACCUUGGCUGACGCCUGCGCCCGCCACUGCCCGGAAGCCGUGAUCUGUGUCAUUGCCAACCCUGUCAACUCCACCAUCCCUAUUACAUCAGAGGUCAUGAAGAAGCAUGGCGUGUACAAUCCUAAUAAAGUGUUUGGGGUCACCACCUUGGACAUCGUCCGAGCCAACACCUUUGUGGCGGCUCUCAAAGGCCUGGACCCGGCCCGUGUCUGCGUGCCCGUCAUCGGGGGUCACGCCGGGAAGACCAUCAUCCCCCUCAUUUCUCAGUGCACGCCCAAAGUGGAGUUCCCUCCUGACCAGUUGUCUGCGCUGACCGGCAGAAUCCAGGAGGCCGGCACGGAGGUGGUGAAGGCCAAGGCCGGAGCCGGUUCCGCUACCCUCUCCAUGGCGUACGCCGGCGCUCGCUUCACCUUCUCCGUCCUGGACGCCAUGAACGGAAAGGAGGGCGUGGUGGAGUGCGCCUUCGUCAAGUCUGAGAAGACAGUGUGCAAGUACUUCUCCACACCUCUCCUCCUGGGCAAGAAUGGCAUUGAGAAGAAUUUAGGGCUGGGCAGGAUUACCGCCUUUGAGGAGAAGCUGGUGGCUGAUGCCAUAGACGAGCUGCAGGGGUCCAUCAAGAAGGGGGAGGAUUUUGUGGCUAAUAUGAAGUGAAGGGAGGACACUUAAAAUAUACCUGGAACCUGCAGCUGUCAUUGAUACAUUGUCUUAAAUUAAAAGGCACAAAUCUA